AUGUUCGGUAUCAGAGCGGUUCGAGCAUCUUUAGGGUUGCGUGCGGUGCUCCUGAGGCAACCGGUGGCCCGCACCAACAUAGUCAAGUACUAUUCAGACAAAAAAGUGAAUGAAAAAACCCAAAAGUCAAUCUUGACUGACGACAUGUUGGCGAAAGCUGGAUUUGACGACCCUGAAAAUGGCAAAAAAGACGGUUCGGAUCCUCAUGACGGUUCGGAAAGCGCAGAAAGGACUAGAGCUAAACGUAGAAGACGUGCACAGACAUCCAAGGAUCUUCAAAGAGAAAAAUAUGCCAACUAUUUCUACGGAUUUACGCUCUUUGGAGCUCUCGCUGGAGUUGGUUACAUGUGUAGAGAUUGGGAUUCCGAAGAGGAACAAAAGGCAUUGGAUGGUACCGAUAUCGGCAAUGGAUACCUGCCUGGGUUGAUUUAUGGAAGAUUCAAUAAGCGGUUAUCGUCAUUUUUUUCAUUCUUUUCUGAACCGGUAUUUGAAAACUUGCUUCCACCACCUCCCCCUGAGGCCUACCGUCGUCCAUUGACCCUUGUUCUCACGCUUGACGACUUGUUGAUCCACUCGGAAUGGGAUACCAAGAACGGAUGGAGAACCGCUAAGAGACCUGGUUUGGACUACUUUUUGGGAUACUUAUCUCAGUAUUAUGAGAUUGUCAUUUUCGGAUCAAACUCCCAGAUGUUUUCCGAAAAAGUCGUGGCAAAGUUAGACCGCUACCAUGCCUACAUCUCCUACGCAUUAUAUCGUGAAGCCUGCCGCUACAAAGAUGGAAAAUUGAUCAAGGACUUGUCGUUGUUGAACCGUGACUUGGGCAAAACUGUGCUUAUAGACGUCAACGAGGAGUCAUGGGCAAUGCAGCCAGACAAUGCCAUUCCUAUGAAACCAUGGGACGGAAAGCCUGACGACAAUUUAGUCAAGUUAAUUCCACUCUUGGAGUACUUGGCGACCCAGCCAGUUAAGGAUGUUAGACCUAUCUUGAACUCGUUCAAAGACAAGAACAAUAUCAUCGAGGAGUUCCUGGAACGUGAGGCCAAAUUGAGACAACAGUGGAUGAAGGAUAACCAACAUUUGUUUGCCAAUGCUCAUCGUCCAAAUGCCGGUACUUACUUGGCCAAAUUGAUGGGAGUUCCUGCCUCUAGUAUUAACAAGGAGCCCAAGAUGCCCUUGGAUAUAAUCAGAGAACAUGGCCAAAAACAGUAUGAACAUUUCCAAAAAUACUUACAAGAAAAUGGAGAAAAGUUCAUCCAAGAAGAAGAAAAAUUGAAGGAAAAAUUCGGAAAAACUUCGCUCAACAAAAUGAUUACCGAGGGUCCUCCAAGCCCGGAAGACAUCGCCAAAAUGCAAGCCGAGGUUGCCAAGGAGUAA